AUGUCAUCCAACAUCCAGGUCUUUGUGAAAUGGAAGGAUCAAACUAUAUUUGCGGGGGAGGAUGUGGAAUGCACCAUCACGUUCAAGAACGUGGCUGAGGUUAGUGCCGACGGCAACAAUAAAGGCGAAGGAGGUCAACAUUCACGAAGGCUCUCUCGAAUCGCGAACCAUUCCCCCACGCCAAACCCGAACUCGGACAGUUUUUUUGGGUUCAAAUCCUCCCAGGCCCUCUUCUCCGGUCGGCGGUCAUUUUCCAUCAGUUCCCAACGGAAGCCGUCUCACCGGACAGCCUCGUCUCUGAGCACUCCGUUGACCGGCUCACAUAGCUUUCCCCCGAACAGUGGCCCCUCUACACCCCGAGCAUGGCAGCCAGGUCAUGGCCACAAACGAUCUGUUUCAAUCCUCUCCAUUGAUAGCGAAGGCCAACCCGACCCGACACCUUCCCCGCACCACCACUAUAACCGACCUCAACCGGCCAGGGGCCAUGGGCGCUCGGCGAGUCUUCAGGUCCUGCCACGGAGGAACGAUAGCUAUGAGGAUUAUAAUAAGAAAGCGAGAACCCCCACUCAUGCUUUUCCUUUCCCAUUGACGGAGGCUCCUAGCGAGCAUCCCAAUGGCAACCUGAGAGUUGAUACUUCACAUCUCGGGCGAGCCAGCCGCCGUGGAUCCCUAGCUACUAGCCCAAUAGGACCAGUGCAGCCAAUGCGCGCACCUCCCCGACGGUCCCAACCGCCUCCCCUGGAUUUCAAGUUUCCGGCCGCGCCUCCAGCCGAAUCGACUGACAGCAGCACAGCGCGCACUCCCUCACCAAAGUCGGCAACAACCACCGGUACAUCAUCGACCGGUAGAUUGACCGUUCGAGAUGCUCAGGGCCAGACUGGACCGGCACAUCAGCAAUUGACUCGGAUCAUAUCAGCAACAAGCGGGAAUGGGAGCAGCCGGAGCAGUGGUGAAUUCUACUCGGUCAGCGACCACUCCACCGAGACUCUCGGCUCUGAAUACACGAAUUACUCGGUCCAGGGUGCGCGACCUCCCCUCCCAUGCGCCAUGCGCGGCAUCACUCCGACCGUCAACAGCCAGGCGCUGCUGAUGGGCUAUGCGCAAGUCAGCGCAUCAUUCACCGUUGAUGGCUCUUUAGUGAACCAGUCAGUUUUCGAGGAGGUCAAGCGGAAGGGAGUUGUUGGUGGCCCAGCGGGUCCCGGCGGACUUCCUGGUCGCCCAACGCCGACUGAGCAACCACGUAAAACUGGUGGGUUCUGGGGCGCCUUGAAAUGGAACGCUAUUGAGGAGUCUAUCAGUGGUCUUCUUUCGAAUAACGAGUUGGAUGGGCUACGCGAGAUGCGCGGUGUAACAUCAUCGAGAUCCAUUCCGCUGCUGUCUACCUCGCAAUCGCUACUUUUUGUCGACCUUCGACUGGCACCAGGGGAGGAACAGUCAUAUUCCUUCUCAUUUUCCCUCCCUAAGGGGCUCCCGGCGAGUCACAAAGGAAAAGCAAUCAAAAUCUCUUAUAAUCUGGUCAUUGGAACUCAGCGUCCCAGUGGGCCAAAAGACCCUCAAAAGGUUAACCGCAUCAACAUACCCUUCCGUGUUUUUAGUGGCGUGAAUGAAAAGGGAGAAGUUCUUGGGCAUGACUUGAUGUCGCCUUAUGUACUCCUACGGGACGAAGCAAAGGUGCAGAAGAUCGGGCCAGUGACGCCUGUGACUACGAAAAACCAAAGUGUCAGCAAGACACAUCACUCUGCAGCAGACUUCCUUGGCUAUGUAGAUGAGAUUCUGGAGCAACGUGCACGUUCCAAUACGCUUUUCCCGCCUGGCGCCCUCCCUUCGAGACGACCUAGUGUCGACGGAUUACCGCAGAUGCUCACCUGCAAGGAUGUCAUCGACUUCGCUAUUCUCCGCAGUAACCAGGCGAUUAACUCUCGUCGCAGUCCCAAUCGCUUUGAGAUUGCCCGCGACGGUGAACGCAUCGCGGUGGUAUCCCUGAAUCGACCGAUUCACCGUCUCGGAGAGACCAUCAUCGCCACAAUGGAUUUUGAGCAUGCUACCAUUCCUUGCUUUGCAGUCCGCGCCUCACUCGAAACCUCGGAGAAAGUCAACCCGACACUGGCCAUACGGUCCAGUGCUAGUAUCCACCGUACCACACGACGCAUUCACGCUUCCUUGUUCGAGAACACACUCCAUUCCACUCGCGUGGUCUUCAGUCCUGCAAUUCCUAUCACCGCCACGCCUACGAUCGUGACUAGCGGCGUGACUCUGGACUGGGAACUGCGAUUCGAGUUCGUCACUUCCAGUAUUCGAGGCGAUCGGGCCCCACCAUCUGGAACUCGCUUGCUAGAGACUAUAUCAUCUGAUGAUCGUAACCAAGUGUUGUCUGCCCUGGAGUAUUUGAACUGUGAAUCGUUCGAGAUUUCUAUUCCGUUAACAGUGUAUGGAGAGACUGUCCGAGAACGAUUACCCGAGGAGAAUGAGGGUUACUCGAUCUAG